AUGCGUCGUAAGAUUGAGAACUUGCAACCGCAAGUGUGUUCGGAGUGUCCUCUCUCUUACCGAAAACCCCCGUCUCUGCCGCAAGUGUGUUCGGAGUGUUCUCUCUCUUACCGAAAACCCCGUCUCAGCCGCAAGUGUGUUCGGAGUGUCCCUCUCUCUUACCGACAAUCCCCGUCUCAGCCGCAAGUGUGUUCGGAGUGUCCUCUCUCUUACCGACAACCCCGUCUCAGCCGCAAGUGUGUUCAGGAGUGUUCUCUCUCUUUACCGACAAACCCUGUCUCUGACGCAAGUGUGUUCGGAGUGUUCUCUCUCUUACCGAAAACCCCCGUCUCUGCCGCAAGUGUGUUCGGAGUGUUCUCUCUCUUACCGACAAUCCGUCUCAGCCGCAAGUGUGUUCGGAGUGUCCUCUCUCUUACCGAAAACCCCGUCUCAGCCGCAAGUGUGUUCGGAGUGUCCCUCUCUCUUACCGAAAACCCCGUCUCAGCCGCAAGUGUGUUCGGAGUGUCCUCUCUCUUACCGAAUAACCCCGUGUCAGCCGCAAGUGUGUUCGGACUGUCCUCUCUCUUACCGAUAAUCCGUCUCAGCCGCAAGUGUGUUCGGAGUGUCCUCUCUCUUACCGAAAACCCCGUCUCAGCCGCAAGUGUGUUCGGAGUGUUCUCUCUCUUACCGACAAUCCCCGUCUCAGCCGCAAGUGUGCUCGGAGUGUCCUCUCUCUUACCGAAAAACCAUCCGUCUCUGCCGCAAGUGUGCUCGAGUGCUCUCUUACCGAAAACCCUGUCUCAGCCGCAAGUGUGUUUGCUCUCUCUACCGAAAAUCCGUCUCAGCCGCAAGUGUGUUCGGAGUGUCCUCUCUCUUACCGACCCUCCGUCUCUGCCGCAAGUGUGUUCGGAGUGUUCCUCACUCUUACCGAAAACCCCGUCUCUGCCGCAAGUGUGUUCGGAGUGUUCUCUCUCUCUUACCGAAAACCCCCGUCUCUGCCGCAAGUUGGGUUCGGAGUGUCCUCUCUCUUACCGAAAACCCCGUCUCAGCCGCAAUGUGUUCGGUGUGUCCUCUCUUACCGUAAACCCGUCUCAGCCGCAAGUGUGUUCGGAGUGUCCUCUCUCUUACCCGACAAUCCGUCUCAGCCGCAAGUAUGUUUCGGAGUGUCCUCUCUCUUACCGAAAACCCCCGUCUCUCUGCCGCAAGUGUGUUCGGAGUGUCCUCUCUCUUACCGAAAACCCCGUCUCUGCUGCAAGUGUGUUCGGAGUGUUCUCUCUCUUACCGACAACCCCGUCUCUGCCGCAGCCGCAAGUGUGUUCGGAGUGUUCUCUCAGCCACCAGUCGCCGCUACUCCCGAUCGCCACCAGUCGCCGCUACUCCCGCUCGGCCACAGUCACCGGCUACUCCCGAUCGCCACCAGUCGCCGCUACUCCCGAUCGCCACCAGUCGCCGCUACUCCCGCUCGGCCACAGUCACCGCUACUCCCGAUCGCCACCAGUCGCCGCUACUCCCGAUCGCCACCAGUCACCGCUACUUCCGAUCGCCACCAGUCGCCGCUACUCCCGCUCGCCACCAGUCGCCGCUACUCCCGCUCGGCCACAGUCACCGCUACUCUCCCGAUCGCCACCAGUCACCACUACUCCCCGAUCGCCACCAGUCGCCGCUACUCCCGAUCGCCACCAGUCACCGCUACUUCCGAUCGCCACCAGUCGCCGCUACUCCCGAUCGCCACCAGUCACCGCUACUUCCGAUCGCCACCAGUCGCCGCUACUCCCGAUCGCCACCAUCGUCGCCGCUACUCCCGCUCGGCCACAGUCACCGCUACUCCCGAUCGCCACCAGUCGCCGCUACUCCCGAUCGCCACCAGUCACCGCUACUUCCGAUCGCCACCAGUCGCCGCUACUUCCAAUCGCCACCAGUCACCGCUACUCCGAUCGCCACCAGUCGCCGCUACUCCCGAUCGCCACCAGUCACCGCUACUCUCCGAUCGCCACCAGUCGCCGCUACUCCCGAUCGCCACCAGUCACCGCUACUCCCGCUCGGCCACAGUCACCCGCUACUCCCGAUCGCCACCAGUCGCCGCUACUCCCGAUCGCCACCAGUCACCGCUACUCCCGAUCGCCACCAGUCACCGCUACUUCCGAUCGCCACCAGUCGCCGCUACUUCCAAUCGCCACCAGUCGCCGCUACUUCCUGAUCGCCACAUGUAUUCUGCCUAAAAAAACUUUCCUCUUCAGUUCUAGUAAAUACCAGAGGAGAAAAUAA